AUGGCUUUUGGUGACCUUCUUGAGCAGGUGGGGGCCACAGGGCGCUUCCAGGUCUUGCAUGUCACCCUACUGUGCCUGCCAAUCCUUAUGAUGGCCAGUCACAACCUGCUGCAGAACUUUGUGGCUGCCGUGCCCCCUCAUUAUUGCAGCGAGCACAGAAACCUCUCUCAAUCCCAGCUGAGCCCAGAGGAAGUGCAGCUGAUUACGGUACCGCUGGACAAGAGCGGAAAGCCAGAGAGGUGCCAGCGUUACAUUGUGCCACAGUGGCACCUCCUGGCUAAAAACAGGACCUCCAAUCCAGAGGAGGAGGAAAACACAGACAGCGGUGUUAAUGUUGACCUUCAAGGAUGCACAGAUGGAUGGUCAUACAAUAUGACUGAGAUGACCUCAACUAUCAUAUCUGAUUGGCAUUUAGUGUGUGAUCUGCGCCCUUUGAAGCAGAUGGCACAAACCAUCUAUAUGGGAGGCGUGCUCGUGGGAUCUAUUGUCUUUGGAAGUCUCUCAGACAAAUAUGGUCGACGCAUCCUUCUGCUUAUCUCUAACCUGCUGAUGGCAGUAGGAGGGACGUGCACUGCUUUCUCUACCUCCUUCUCCCUCUUUUGCCUCUUCCGCUUCAUUUGUGGCAUGGCGCUGUCUGGCCUUGUGCUCAACUCCUUCUCCCUGAUUGUGGAGUGGAUUCCAACUUCUGUGCGGACUGUGGUGGGUACAGGGACAGGUUACUGUUACACAAUAGGACAGCUGAUCCUGGCAGCUAUAGCCUACUUCAUCCGGGACUGGCGGCGGUUAACUUUGGCUGUUGGCUUACCCUUCUAUGUCUCCUUCCUCUACUCAUGGUGGUUUCUUGAAUCUGCCAGAUGGUUAGUCCUGAAAAAUAAGCCUGAGCAAGCUCUCAAGAACCUCAAAAGUGUGGCCCGAAUUAAUGGACGCUCUGAAGAGGGAAACAAAAUUGACCUUGAAAUGCUGCAGGAAUCCAUGAAGAAAGAACUGUCGUGUUCUCAGGGCUCCUACUCCAUGUUGGACCUGUUCCGAACUCCCACCAUGAGGACGAUGACUAUAUGCCUCAGUGCCGUCUGGCUAUCAACAAGUUUUGCCUACUAUGGUCUUGCCAUGGAUCUACAAAAAUUUGGAGUGGACAUCUACUUAAUCCAAGUGAUCUUUGGAGCUGUUGAUAUCCCUGCAAAAGUAGUCAUAACUUUGUCUAUGAGUUUUGCUGGGCGAAGGCCAUCACAAUGUGCUGCGCUGAUCAUGGCUGGAAUCGCUAUUUUGCUGAACCUGGUGGUGCCCUAUGAGAAACAGACAGCACGCACCUGUCUAGCUGUAGUGGGUAAGGGUUGUCUUGCUGCCUCCUUCAACUGCUGCUACCUUUAUGCUGGAGAGCUUUUCCCAACCGUCAUUCGACAGAGUGGCAUGGGCUGGGUGUCCAUGAUGGCUCGCAUAGGGGCCAUGGUGGCACCCAUGGUGCUGCUCCUUGGAGACUAUAUACCAUGGCUUCCAGGCUUAAUCUAUGGAGGAGCUCCAAUCCUAAGUGGGGUGGCUGCAAUAUUUCUGCCAGAAACACUCGGUGUACCCUUACCUGACACAAUACAAGAUGUGGAAGACAGGGGAUCUGGGAGGAGCUCCAAAACGUCACCAAAAAAGGAAACAGUAUUCUUGCAAGAUAUCCAGGAUAAUUUGCUAAAGUAGGCUGCCUGAGGAUGUUCAGUAUGCUCCCAAUAUUUCUGCUGAUAUUGCUGAGGAAAAUAGAGUUGGUAUUGCUUUUUCUCUGGUCUGUUUGUUUGGUUUGUAUCAAGUUCACUGUGUCAUGUUACUGCUGGAAAAAUGGAUUUGUAAUGUUAUUUUGGUCAAAUGCAGUGAAAUGUGAAGUGGCAAACAAUUUUCAGACCUUUGUUUAUUUGUUACACAAUAGCCUUGAUAACUGCACCCCAGAGAAUGUUUCUUGUGAAGUUACAUGAUUCACCUUUUCC